AUGGCCGACAUCACCCUCGACAGCAAGCUCUUCCAGGAGCGCAUCUCCCACUUCACAACCGCCUGGAAGAAUGACUUGCGCUCCAAGGACGGAGUCUUUGGUGGUGCGCAGUCCAUCGUCGUGAUGAUGGGCAGAGUCGAGGAGGUGCAGAGCCUCAACAAGAACAACGCUGUUCACUUCUGGCUUCUGGGUUACGAAUUCCCGACGACAAUGCUUCUGCUCACGCUCGACACGCUCUACGUCAUCACCAAAGCAGGGAAGGCGAAACAUCUUGAGCAGAUUCAGGGUGGACGAUUUCCAGUAGAGGUCCUUGUGCGAGGCAAGGAUCCUGAGGAAAACUUAAAGCUGUUUGGCCAGCUCGCGGACAAGAUCAAGGAAGCAGGAAGCAAGGUCGGCAUCAUCGGACGCGAUAACUCAAAAGGCCCCUUUGUCGAAGAGUGGAAAAAAGUCAUGGAGGACAAGUGCAAGGAUGUGGAGCAGGUCGAUGUAUCCCCUGCUCUGUCCACGCACGCCUUCUCGAUCAAGGAUGAGAACGAACUCCGCGCCAUGCGUGCCUCAUCCAAGGCCUGCGUCGCCUUGAUGACUCCUUACUUCCUCGACGAAAUGUCCGACAUCCUCGACGCCGAAAAGAAAGUGAAGCAUUCCAAGCUUGCUGAUCAGAUCGACAAGAAGCUCGACGAUAACAAGUUCUGGAAGUCUGUAGAGCUACCGGGCAAGGGCAAGCUGCCAAGCGAUUUUGACCCUGCCAAUCUCGACUUUGUUCUGGGACCUUGCAUCCAGAGUGGUGGCAAAUACGACCUCAAGUUCGCGACCGAGGCCAAUGGCGACAAUCUCCACGCUGGCAUCAUCAUCGCCGCCCUCGGCCUGCGAUACAAGUCCUACUGCUCGUCCAUCGCGCGAACCUACUUGGUCGAUCCGAAUAAGUCUCAGGAGAGCAACUACAAACUGUUGUGCAUGGUUCACAACUCCAUCAUUCGGGACAUCCGCGAUGGCAUGGCCGCCAAGGAUGUCUAUAUUAAGGCCCUGGGCAUCGUCAAGGCCAAAAAGCCCGAGAUGGAGAAGCACUUUUUGAAAAACGUUGGCUGGGGCAUCGGUCUCGAAAGCAAGGACCCCACGCUUCUGCUGAACGCGAAGAACCAGCGAACGCUCAAGGACGGCAUGACUCUGAUCAUCCAGACGGGCUUCCAAGACAUUGAGAACCCACAGCCACAGGACAAGAGCAGCAAGGUCUACUCCAUGAUCCUCACCGACACUAUCCGUGUUACGUCAUCUGAGCCUGUCGUGUUCACUGCCGAGGCUCCGACCAGCGCCGACGCUAACUCUUUCUUCUUCAAGGACGAGGAGGAAGCGUUGCCUACGCCCAAGAAGGAGAAGAAGGACUCAAAGGUCGGUGCUGUUGCCACAAAGAACAUUACGAACACACGCCUUCGCUCGGAGCGCACCACUCAGGUCAACGAAGAGAAUGACAGUCGGCGACGCCAGCAUCAAAAGGAGCUUGCAGCAAAGAAGCAGAAAGAAGGUCUUGCUCGUUUCUCCGAAUCGACUGCCAACCAGAACGGCGGUGAGGUUAAGAAAUUCAAGCGGUUCGAGUCGUACAAGAGGGACAACCAGUUCCCUUUGAAGAUCAAGAACCUCGAGAUUGUGGUCGAUUCCAAGAAUGCCACUGUCAUCCUACCCAUUCUCGGUCGUCCAGUACCGUUCCACAUCAACACCAUCAAGAAUGCCAGCAAGAGCGACGAGGGCGAGUUCACGUUUCUCCGUAUCAACUUCCUCUCGCCGGGCCAGGGUGUCGGCCGCAAGGAUGACCAGCCCUUUGAGGAUGCCUCGGCGCAUUUCGUCCGCAGCUUGACGUUUCGAUCCACCGACAACGAGAGAUACACCGAGAUAGCGACUCAGAUCUCGAAUAUGAAGCGUGACUCGGUCAAAAAGGAGCAGGAGAAGAAGGACAUGGAGGACGUUGUCGAGCAGGACAAGCUUGCUGAGAUUAGGAAUCGUCGCCCUGCCGUCUUGGAUAAUGUUUUUAUUCGACCGGCGCACGAAGGAAAACGCGUUGCAGGCAAGGUCGAGAUCCACCAGAAUGGUAUCCGAUACCAGUCGCCUCUCAACAUUCAGCACCGCGUGGAUAUUUUGUUCUCCAACAUCAAGCACCUUUUCUUCCAGCCUUGUGCGCAUGAGCUGAUUGUCAUCAUCCACAUCCACCUCAAAGACCCCAUCAUUGUGGGCAACAAGAAGAAGACCAAGGACGUACAGUUCUAUCGCGAGGCUACCGACAUCCAGUUUGAUGAGACUGGAAACCGCAAACGCAAGUACAAGUACGGCGACGAGGACGAGUUUGAGGCCGAGCAGGAAGAGCGCCGCAGAAGGCAAGAGCUUGAUCGUCUUUUCCAGGGAUUCGCCCAGAAGAUUGCCGAUGCUGGUCGCAACGACAAUGUUGAGGUUGACAUGCCCAUUCGCGAGCUCGGUUUCCACGGUGUACCGUUCCGCAGUAACGUUUUCAUCCAGCCCACAACUGAGUGUCUCAUUCAAGUGGUUGAACCGCCGUUCAUGGUCAUCACCAUCGAGGACAUUGAGGUUGCUCACCUGGAACGUGUCCAGUUUGGUCUCAAGAACUUCGACAUGGUCUUCAUCUUCAAGGACUUUACUCGUCCACCGUACCACGUCAACACCAUCCCCGUUGAGCAUCUCGAUCAGGUCAAGGAUUUCCUCGACUCUUCUGACAUUGCCUUCACCGAGGGUCCGCUCAACCUCAACUGGCCUACCAUUAUGAAGACAGUGACAGCCGACACGCACCAGUUCUUUGUUGACGGUGGUUGGUCUUUCCUGGCCGCUGAAUCCGACGAUGACGGCUCCGGUGAGGAGGAGGAGUCGGCCUUUGAGAUGUCAGAGGACGACCUUGACGAUGCGUCCGAAAGCGAGGAGGAGUCCGACUUUGACGGUAGCAACGCCAGUGACGAUGACGACGGCGAUGCAGACCUGGACAGUGACGACGAGGGAGAGGACUGGGAUGAGCUGGAGAAGAAGGCGAAGCGUCGCGAUCGCGAGGACGCAGCCCAGAUGCGGGAAGACGAUGGGGGCAAGAAGCGCAAGCGCUAA